AUGGUCGGACCUACAAUUGAGGCUGAUCUUUUCACAUUGUUGACUCGAUUUCGAUCUCAUGCCUAUGCUCUUACCGCGGACAUUAAGAAAAUGUACCGGCAGGUGUUAGUGCAUCCAGACGAUGCAGUGUAUCAAAAGAUAUUAUUUCGAGAAGAUCCAAAUGAUAGCUUGAAAGAAUUUUCUUUAGACACCGUCACAUACGGUACUUCUUGCGCUCCUUUUCUCGCCAUUCGGGCCCUAAGUCAAUUAGCUGAGGAUGAAGGGGCUAAACAUCCUAUCGCAUCAAACGUGCUGAAAAAGGACUUUCACGUCGAUGACCUAUUGAUCGGUGUGAAAACGCACGCCGAAGCCAAAUUCCUUCGCGAUGACAUAACUGCACUCUUGCAGAAGGGCGGUUUCCCUCUUAGAAAAUGGGCCUCCAAUGACUCUUUAUUAGUGCCUGAAAAUUCAGACAAUUCCACUAGUACACAUAUGUCGCUCGAUCCAAAUGCAACCAUUAAAACACUAGGGAUUCAUUUGAAUUCCCUUCCAGAUUCGAUUUUCUACCAGAUAAACCUUUCGGAAUUCUCAAAUGUAGUAACCAAACGUUCAAUUUUAUCGCAAGUUGCUAAACUAUUCGACCCGUUAGGAUUACUCGGUCCAGUUAUCGUGAAAGCAAAAAUUUUGAUUCAAGUACUUUGGAAGGCUGGGGUCGGUUGGGACAGUCCGAUUCCAAUGGAAGUGCUCACUAUGUGGACGCAAUUUAAAAAGCAAUUGCCGCUCCUAGGUGAAGUUAAUUUUAAUCGAUUAAUUAUCGCACCUGACACCUCUGAAAUUGAAAUACACGGCUUCAGCGAUGCAAGCGAAAAAGCGUACGGAGCCUGCAUUUACUUGCGUUCCAUGGAUUCUCAAGGUAUACAUCAUAUUUCGCUCGUUUGCUCUAAAUCCAGAGUCGCUCCUGUGAAUCCCGUGACAUUGCCACGUCUCGAAUUAAGCGCGGCCCUUUUACUCGAUCGCUUAUACGCCGCGGUGAAACAAGCUCUGGAAGUCCAAAUCAAUCAAACCUACUUGUGGUCAGAUUCCACCAUAACUUUAAGUUGGGUAAACACAGAACCUCAUCUUUUAAAAACUUUCGCUGCAAAUCGAGUCGCGGAAAUAAAAAAAACUCGCUACCUCCUGUGA